GAUUAACAACAAGCACUAGAGGAAAUAACGAUAAGUAGUGCCUUUGCAUUUACUUUGAGGAAAGUAUUCGGUAUUCAAAGUUUUGUUUUUUGUUUUUAUUGAAGUUGGGUGCACUAAAGAGGGUUUAUAGCCAUGAGUUCAGCUGCCUUUCUUCAAAAUGUUACUUCUUCUGACUGCAGAUCUAUGAAGAUCCCUGUGGAGCAUAUGGAAUAUGAUUAUAUUGAUAAAUGCAAGGAUGCCAAAUACUUGGAGAAAAUCCUUAUAUUACUCAGGUCUGGCAAGGAGGGCAUUUAUCCUCAUCUAAUUGAGUUUUGUGAAAGUCGACUAGAGAAACUGAACCCUCGGAGCCGAGCUCUUAGGAAGGAAAAUCCUGUGACCACAUCCUCCAGCCUCCCAGCAGAUGAAUGGAGCCUUAUUGCCGAUGAGUUGAGGAUUUGGCAAGCUGAAACCAAAGUGACAGAGACUUCCCUUAAAAAACAGUUAAUGUUUGAGGAUGUUAUGGAUCAAAGCAUGCCACCUAUAAGAGGGUCCAAUUGCUCGGUUCCACUCAGCAGAGUAACGUCUCGUUCGUCUACAGAAAUAUUUAAAUAA